AUGACUGGUCAGCUUGACGCUAUCCGUCGCGUGGGCGACACCAUCAGCCGCAUCUUCAACGAGGAAGCCCGGUUCCGCCGCUACCGCGACUACACCCCAUGGGAGAUUCGCGCCUUUCAGGCUGAGAUUGCCGCAACAGGCGCCGACAUUGGCGGCGGGCCGUACCCCGUUCGCCGCAGCGUCGCCUUUCGAGGCCCCCAGGCCCCCCUCGAUAGGCCCUGGCACAACGGCAUGUUCAUUGACGAGUCCGAGCCGCGCCGCGAGCAGGUGCCCUAUAUGGAGCGCAACAACUACUACUGGGGCUAUUACUACCGCAACCGCAAUGACCGCCACCGCCAGGCCGCUCAGAGCUACCAGCAGCGCCGUCCUGCCCACUACGAUCAACACCAGCAGCAGCGUUACUACCCCAACUACCACCGCCAGUGCGUGUACAACCACCAGAAUCGCCAGCAAAUGCUGUAUCAUGAGGAGCGCGCUCACCAGGAGGAGCAGCAGCAGCAACAGCAGCAGGCGGAGCAGCAGGAGCAGCAAGAGCAGAGCCGUGUUCCCACCCCUCCACCCCGUCUCACGGCUAUUCAGCUGCAGGAGCUGCAGACCAGGGAGGAGGCGCGCCGUACGGCGCUCGCCAUAAUCAACUGGGACAAGGACCUGACGGAGGAGUCGGUCUUGGCAAUUCCCGGGGCCGCGAUUGAGCGGGUGCCCACGGCCUCGGUCGAGUCGUCCGAGGAGCAAGAGCAGCCGCGCGGUCUCGUCCCCGACGAGCUCACGCCGCAGUGGAACUACGUCCCGUCCGACGAGGGCGGCGCCGUCGAGGAGGCGUCGCUGGACGAGGACCAAGACUACGUCAACAGCGAGGGCUACCCGAUUCGCAAACGCACCAAGGAGCAGCGCGAGGCGUACCGCGCCGCCCAUCUGGAGAGGCGUGCGUGCCUCGCGCGCAUGUACAGACAACAGCAGCGCAACAAUGGCAGCACGCUCGUCUGCACCAGGCCUUAG